AUGUCCAAUGUGUAUAUGUUAAAAGAUAUAAAAGAUAGAGGAGGUUCUAAAGGAGCCGGGCAUCAGCUAGGUAGUGCAUAUGAGGAAGAUGUCGAAAAAAAAUUAUAUUCUGCUUUUAGAUCCAAAGCCGAAAUUAAUGAUCUUAGUGAAGGGUUGCUGACUAAAAUUUCAGAGUAUUCAGAGCGAGAGGAGGAGUUUCAGCGGAUCAGUACUGAUGUUAAAAAUAAGAUUAGCCGGUUAAAUGCAGUUAAUACUAGGCUUAGAACCCGACUUACUUCUAAACAGAUAUCCCAUAAUGAACUUGAAGCCAAAUGUUCUGCCGAAAUAAAAUUGCUAAAAUCUUCAAUUAAAUCAUUGAAGGGAGAAGCGACCUUGGCCCAGAAAGCUUCAUUCCUCGAUAAGGUCAAGAUUAUUUCUCUUGAAGCUAAGAUAGAUGAAUUGGAAGCUGAGUUGGAGAACCUAAAACAAGAAUGGAUAGAUUCUCCACCACGUGCAUCCCAGGAUUCGAAUAUAGUGAGAGGGUUACUAGAGGAGCCACCCCAAAUAAACUCAUCUGAAAUUGAUUCUCUUAGGCUUGAAUUGGGACAGGUAAAGGAGAAUUUAAAUUCAAAAAAACACGAAAUAGAAUGUAUAGAAAAAGGGAUAAAGGCAACAGAUACUAUAUAUAAACAGGAAUUAGAUAGAUUGUCUUCUCUGCAAUUAAAUUUAAUAGAGGAAAAUUCUCACCUCCGAGGUUUAGUGUUAAAGAAAGAUAAUGAAGCGGUUCCAGAAGGAUCAGCUGAGCAUGUGCCUCCUAUUACGAGCGAUGCAAAAGAAAAAGAGAGUGAACAGGUUCUAAAAGAACCACAACUUUCCACUCUUAACCCUCCACCCUCUCAAAUAUUUUCUGUAGGUGGUGCGGAAGCCAAGUCUUUACUAGCAACUACUUCUACCAUUGCGGGUUCCUUAAUGAUGCCAAUGAUAAUAUAUUCCAUACUUACCUUACUACUGAUUGCAAUUAUAUGGAUUGUAGUUGGGAAAAAACUAUGA